GCGGACGAGCUUUUUUCUUCUCCAGAGAGAAGAACGGAUUCCUUUCUUCAUCAUUAGUACAAAUAGAACGCAUUGCAGUUUCACUUGCGUGAAUUCUUAUAGCCAACCUGUUCGCGUCUCCUUUGAGAGUUGGCGACGGCAGUAAAUAGAGCAUUCAGUCCUUCAUGAUGUUGCCUGCCAUGGUUUAUUUAUUUCAUUCAGCUGUAAUCUUUUGGUAUUCUUGCCUAGUUACGUGGUAGUAGAAAAAGGUUCGAAGAGAAAAACAAGCCUUAGUGUCGGCACUGUGAAAGGAGCAUCUGUCCCGCUGAAAUGGCAAUGUUUUUCUCAACGGACAACUGACUUCCUUCCUCACCAUUUUCUUCUUCCUUCCGUUCUCUUGCUUGUUUUUAUAUAGCUUGUACUGUAUUCUCCUGUCCUCUUAAUAUAAUACAUGCAGCUCUUCUGCAUGGUUAGAAAACACACACACCAGGAAUCCAGCUUCACUUGCGGGGAGUUGUUGUGUGCUGUGAAUUUUGAUAUCUACUUACUUGUUUGCGUAGGGCAGUAGACAGAUUUCGUGUCAACAUUCAGUCCUUAAUGGUGUUGGGCUGUUUGUUUUAGCUUAUGUAUCUCAUGCGGCUGUAAGCUUUUGGCAUCCUUGCCAAGUUGUAUGUGCUAGCACCUUCAAGAGAAAAACAGAGCACCAAUAUCGGCACUCUAGUUUAGAUCACCUAGGAUUGUUGCUAUUAAAGACGCCUUGCCUGAUGAUAUGACAGUAUAAAUAAUAUCAUGUCAACGACACACACACCCUCCUCUGCGGGUACAUGCCGACGUGCUGAUAUGAUCCUGUUUUCUAGGGCUAUAGCGAAUCAGCAAGAGUGAUGCUCGACAUUAUUUGCUAUCUGGAACUCAAAUGGAGGACUAUUUUGAGCGCAUACUAAACCUUGCUUGGCAGUUUCGACAACACUUGACACAAUUCAUAGAAAAUGUGUUUGGGUGCAUUGAUUGGAUUCCUCAACGUCACGAAGUCCAAUUCUCUGCUUACUAUGGAGGAUCAUUGCCUGACACUGAAAGAUAUAUUCAUGGACAGAGUUCUGCGUUGUCCAUUAGCAAUACUACAGAAGAGUUAUCCAUUAGUAGUACUACAGAAGAACAGGCUGCACAUAGGAUAUCUGAGAUCACAAUUUUCAGAAACGGCGUAUCCGAAAUUUGUCAAAGAUCAUAUGCUAGCUGGUCAUCCUAUAUUUUGCGUGGCUACAGAUUGGGACAAAGAUUGGCACUCCAUUUGCGAGGGCUGUGCAGUCUCUUUGUAAAUGAGAUUAAUACCAAACUAACCAGGUCCUUGCAUCGUUUCUGGACAACAUUACAAGGCUCUUCUGAAGAUAUAGGGUGGUUGCAAAGAACUCAAAUGUCACUUUAUUCAGUUGAUGGCACAUCUCGCUUUCAGGAGCUUUUGCAUGAUGUGAGAAAUGGCAUGCAUUACCUGCCUGAUACACUGGUUUACUUGCUCAUCCCUGGCCUUUUUAGCAACCACAGUCCACUUUACUUUCUCAACACUAAAAGAUUCUUUUCAAAGAUGGGGCUUACUUGCCAUAUUGCAAAGAUUCAUAGUGAGGCAUCAGUGGAGAAAAAUGCACGGGAACUGAAACUAUACAUCGAGGAGCUCUACUGGGGAUCUGGCAAACAGGUUUUGCUCCUGGGACAUAGCAAGGGCGGAGUCGAUGCGGCUGCCGCACUCUCGUUGUACUGGUCCGAGCUCAAGGGCAAGGUCGCUGGUCUGGCACUGGUUCAGAGCCCGUAUGGCGGCACCCCCGUGGCUUCCGACAUCCUUCGAGAAGGCCAGAUCGCUGACAGGGAGACCAGGAGGAUCAUGGAACUGAUAGUGUGCAAACUUAUCAAGGGCGACAUGAGAGCUCUGGAGGAUCUCACGUAUGACAAGAGAAAGGACUUCAUUUCCAAGCACAGGCUCCCGGUGGACGAGCUGCCGAUCGUCUCCUUCCACACAGAGGCCAGCACCGCCCCGACGGUGCUCGCGACGCUGACCCGCAUCGCCCAGGCCGAGCUCCUCCCGCUGCUCACGGUGGCACCCCUGCCACGCUUCCUGUCCGAGUAUGCAGAGUCAUUGCUCGCUUCUCUGAAGCUGCCCGUGGUGAUGCCGGUGUCGGCUGCAAUGGCGGCCACCGCGCUCCACCUGCGGCUGCGGUACGGGGAAAGCAGUGAUGGCCUGGUGACACGGCGCGACGCCGAGGUCCCAGGGUCCGUGGUGGUGCGGCCCGAGCGGAGGCUGGACCAUGCGUGGCUGGUGUUCUCGACGCUGAGCCGGCGGCGCGCCGAGGCCGAUGCCACCCAGGUGUGCGAGGCCCUGCUGGCCAUGCUCGUCGAGAUCGGCGGCAAGAGACGCCGCUGCCUCAUCGAGGAGAUCGUUACUUGAAUUAUUUUUCUCUCUGCUUGUUUGUUGAGCUAGAACUUUCUAUAUACAUAUAGUGAAGAGUCUCUGUUUUUCUGAGAACGACAACAGAUGCAAUAUCUGAUUAUAAUACGGAGUACUAAUUA